GACGUUUAUCUACCCGGAUUUCCCGUGGCGCGGUUGAGCACACCUCUGAGCGGACCAGAGCCGUUAUACGCGCCGAUGGGACGGUUCGUACGGCGACAACGAGCGGUCGUAAAAGAGGAACGGUGGACGAGGAGACGAAUCGACGGGGAACGAGGUAUGGGGAUCUGGGAGCUUCGCAUUAUAGUCACGUCGGGGGUAGUUCGCGCGACGAUGACUCGUUGACGACCCCGGGCGAAAGAAAUUUCGCGGGAAAUCGUCCGCUUUCUGGAUCGGAGUCGACAGACGGAAGAGGUCGGAGAGACGAUGGCGGAUCUCCAGAUGACGGGAUGACGGGAUCCAGAAGCGAAAUUGGAGAUGGAAAGGAAUCCUCGAUUGGAGGCGAUGGUGGUGUUCUGUCGGAGCGUGGUUAUGGCGAUCGGAGAUGGUACGAGGAUUUUCCGAGCGGAACUUCCGAGUUGGAUCUAGAAGAUAGGGAAAGUAAAGGAUUAGGAGAGAGGAGAGAGGUGGGAGGAGUGAGGUUUUGGAGUUUGGAGGAAAAUUCGAGGAAGAAGGACCAGUCUGUGUACGAUCUGAUGGACAGUGGGGCGCAUUCAAGGGACUUGGGUUAUUACAAGAAGCAGGGGGUGAAGAGUCCUACUAUGAGGAAGAUGGCGACUCAAGCGUUGCAUUUUUGGGGGGAGUCGAGGAAUCAGAGUGUUGAUGGAAAGGGGAGCAUCGAGGAAAUGAAAGGGCAGGAAGUGGACAGGGGAUCGGUGGAGCUCAGUUCUGAUUACAGGGAAAAUAAGGUGAAAUCUGAGACAUUUAAAUUCCUGUCAACUUCGAUGCCCCCUAGUAGUAGCCUAGAGGGGAGCAAUAAACUGGUGGAGUCAAAAUUCGAUCAUCAAAAACAGAAGCUCUCAAAGAAAUCAAUAGAUCUCAAUUCCUCCAAUGGUCUUUAUGAGAAAAAUCAGAUGAAAUCUGAAACAUUAAAUUUCCAUUCAACUUUGAUGCCCCCUAGUUCUAGUCUAGAGGCGGCUAAAAAACUCGAUCAUCAAGAAGAGAAGCUUUUAAAGAAUUCAAUAGAUCUCAGUUCCUCCAACGAUAAUUAUCAGCAAAAUCAGAUAAAAUCUGAAACAUUAAAUGUCCAAUCAACUUUGAUGUCCCCUAGUAGUAGCCUAGAGGAGGCUAAAAAACUCGAUCAUCAAGAACAGAAGCUUUUAAAGAAUUCAAUAGAUCUCAAUUCUUCCAACGAUAAUUGUCACCAAAAUCAGAUAAAAUCUGAAACAUUCCCGUCAACUUCGCUGCCCUCCCUUACCCCCGCCAAGCUGGCAGACCUUGCCCCGAAUAGAUUAUCCAAGAGAUCGUUAGAUCCCACCUCGGAUCGGCUCAAAACUCCCCUAAAACCUGAGCUAUCGCCCGUCUGGUUCGAUCCAUCCCCCGAUCGCAUCCACCCUCUCGCCUCUAGUUCGCAGGAGUCGAGCCGUGAACGCUAUAAUUCUACGGGGAUCGAAAACCCGGAACGCGUCCCGACGUCUCGUAAAUCAGCGGAAGUAUACAAAGACGGAUCGCUAGAGCUGCGCGACGUCUCCCUGAAACAAAGAUCGACGGCCAACAAUGAUGUUCCCGAAGACAACGAGCCCGCCUCCUCGAAUCGAGUCGCGUUUCCUGUUUCGAGAACGGCUAUCGAUGUUAGCGCUGUUGAGAGGGAACAAGGAAAUCUCGCUCUACAUACAACGAACAAAGAUGAAGUGACACUUACGGAAGAGCCGGGGAAAUUAAUGAAUGGAAACGGGUAUUCUUACCUAGGAGAGAGCAGGAGCGUGGACGUGGUAAACAAUGGGACGACGGAUUUCCAUUUCAGCGGAGAUAGCGAUGCGAACGAUAUGUCGAAAAUGGAAAACGUCGGUUCGAGAGAGGAUAGAGGCUUGCCUCGAGUAGAGAUUCGGGAUGGGAAAGAGGAUUGGACGCGGAAGGAAGUACUGGUGGAAGGAUCGAGGAAGGAUGUAUCAAACGGUGGAGCAGAUUUCAAUUUCCCUGAGAUAAACGUCGCGGGAAAGCUAUCCAAAAUGGAUAACCCGACUCUUAUUAAAGAUGGAGUGACACUUGUUGAAGAGUCGACGAAAUUAGCGAAUGCAAAUGGGAAUUCUCCUGUGAAGUCUUUGAGAACUCUCCGAGGUACAGGUACCUCUGAUAGAAAGGCUAGUGUCAGUGCUGAGAAUCCUCCUGAAGAAUCUGAAACCCCAUCCCCAAUUUACCAAGUCGCCAUAAAUUCAAAAGAAAAUCAACGAUCCUCAAAUAAAAAUAAUAAUUCUGUCAACAUUUUGAAUUCUACGCACCAUAGUUUCACAAUCACAGGGACAUCUGAUAGAAAGACUAACAAUCCUGGUAUCAGUGCUGAGAAUCCUCCAGAGGACUCGAAUUCAAAAGAAAUUCACCAGUCUCCAAACAAAAAUAAUAAUUCUUCUGUCAACCCCUUGAAUUCCACGCACUCUAUUCUCCCAACCGCGGGUACCUUCAAUACAAAGCCCAACAAUCCUACUAUUAGCACUCAAACUACUAUUAGUACUCAAGACCCUCUCGAGGACUCGGAAGCCCCAGAUGACUCGCUCGUUGUAAAGUCGAGAGGAUCCCAACGAUCCUCCAUCGAAGCUCACGGCUUCUGGAUCCCAUCCACGCCGUCCAACGCCGGAGAAAACGAUGAUGGAAUCGAGGCACCAGAGCCGGAGGCUAGGAUCGUCGACCAGACACUGUCUGCCACAGGCCAGCGAUCAAUCUCAUUAGCGGGGACUUCGAGCGCCGUCGUGGAAAAUCACGAAGAGCGCGGAACCACCUCCAGGGUCUCUUUAAAGCUUAAUGGUCCGGUUACGAACGACCCAGUAACCGUUGUCAAAGACGUGGCAUGGAGUCGGGACUCAUCGAACCAAAACAGCCAGCUGAGCGUGCACGGAAUCAAAGAUAAUGAACCAGCCGUCGGAUUUCCUUCCGGCGAGAGGGUGAGGGACGUCGCGGGGGGCGGACAUGGUGCCGAGACGAUCGAUGAAGUUAAUCUGGAUGGAUCGGGGAACGGGGAUCACGCAGAAAUAUCGAAAAGCUUCGUCGAGUUGAUGAAACAGAGAGACUCGAGAGGAAAUUUGGGGAACUCGGAAGCCAAGUUGGGGAGUUCGAUGGGAAAGUUGGGAAAUUCGAGGCCAGGAGACUCGUCUGUGAUCGGCACGGGCAAUGUUGAGGAGGAACGUGCGGAAGAGUGGAGUUCCUUUAAGACUGGACUGAGUGGGGUAACAGGUAUUCUGGGUAAUAAGGCGAAAGGGGAUACCAGAGAUCCAAUAGAGGGGUCGAUAGGGUCUAUUGAAGAAUUCUUGAGUGCCAAGGAGGACGAAACAGUAGGAGGAUUGAGGGUGAAGGGCUUUCCAUUUUCUGAGGAGGCGGAUAAAAUGACAAAAGAUGUUGCUGUAGUGAAGAAUGGUAUCCUAAAUUCAAUGAAUGGAGAGUCCAAAAGCUCCGAAGGGUCAAAGGAGAUGAGGGUUGAGAACCUUCAAAGUGUCAAACAGGAGGAUCAGAGGACUCAGGUUGAUUUAACUGCUGUAGUCAAGGAUAGUGUAAUGGAUCCAAUGAACAGAGAGUCCAAAAGCUACAAAAGUUCAAAGAAGAUGAGGGUUGAGAACCUUCAAAGUGUCAAACAGGAGGAUCAGAGGUCUCAGAUUGAUCUAGCUGAUAUAGUAGAGGACAAUACCCGCGAUCCAAUGGACACUGAGUCCAAAAGCUCCAAAAGCUCAAAGAAGAUGAGAGUUGAGAACCUUCAAAGCGUCAAACAGGAGGAUCAGAGGACUCAGAUUGGUCCAACUGAAAUAGUGGAGGACAGAGAGUCCAAAAGCUCCAUAGAAGAAUCCCUAGAUCUUAAAAAGGAUGAGGAACUAGGUAACCCAAGGGCAAAGGAUCUCUCCCCUACCAAACAGCCUAUCAACAGGAAACUUCAUCUAUCUGCUGCAUUAAAUAAAACCCUCAACAAUCCAAUGAACAGCCAGUCAACAUCCUCCACCGAUGAUCUGCCAUCUCCAAAGGACAAUACAUCACUAACAUCAAAGGUCCCUCAACACAAGUUUGAAACUCAGACUAAUCCACCCUUCACGAAACCAAACAACAUCGUCAACCCACCAAUUCAAUCGUCAGUCUUCACAAGCAACCUACAUUCUCCAGAACAAAGACCAUCAGACUCCCCAACAAAACAGAGACGAGAUUCCAGCGGAUUUCCUACAAAAUCAGAGGUACCAUCCUCAGUGCUCGGUAACAAAGCACCGAACGUCACGUCCACGAAGAUCGAAUCGUUCCCAUUCGAGAACCUCGGUCCGAGAGCAUCAGUUCUGGAUCGUCGGGAAUUUAUCGCGCAGAGUCGAGCUACCAUAACCAGCACGAUGGACGAAACGACGAGUCCUCGGACGGUUUCCUUCGACGAGGACGUCCCGUUCGAGACCACCGAGUCCGGUAAAAUAGAUGCCGGAGCGUCGAUCGCGUCGACCACCGACAUGGAUCGGUUGGUUUAUCUGGGAACAGGCGAGGACAGAAUCACUACUGCGGCGAACGUGUCCCAGGGCGGUGGGGAUAACUCGUCCCACGAGUUGGAGUAUCAGUGGCCAGUUAAGCACAGCGCGGUCGUAGAGGGUGACCUGGUGCUGGGUGGGUUAAUGAUGGUGCACGAGAGAGAGGAUAGGAUGACUUGUGGCCCGGUGAUGCCACAGGGCGGCGUCCAAGCUGUCGAGGCUAUGCUGUACACGUUGGACUGGCUGAACGAACAAGACAUCGUGCCUGGCGUGAAAAUCGGCGCUCAUAUACUCGACGACUGCGACAAGGACACCUACGGACUCGAAAUGGCGGUGGAUUUUAUCAAAGGUUCAAUAAGCAAUAUAGACGGCGCGGAGUAUCACUGCAAUAAAACUGCAGUGCGAAAAGUUAUCAGCGGAGUCGUGGGGGCCGCAAGCUCGGUCACAUCCAUUCAAGUGGCCAACCUUCUCAGACUGUUCCGGAUACCGCAGGUUUCAUUCUUCUCGACCAGUCCAGAACUCUCCAACAAGCAACGCUUCGAAUAUUUCACGCGGACUAUACCCAGCGACCACUAUCAAGUGAAAGCGAUGGUAGACAUCGUCCUAAGAAUGGGCUGGAGCUACGUGUCCAUCAUAUACGAAGAAAGCAAUUACGGAAUAAAGGCAUUCGAGGAGCUGGAGGAGCUGUUGGGAAAAUACGACAUAUGUAUCGCCAUAAAGGAGAAACUGGUCAAGGAUUCCGGUGUGGCUGGGGAAACGGCGUACGACAAUAUCGUUUUGAAAUUGUUAACCAAACCGAGGGCCAAAGGGUGCAUCAUAUACGCUUCGGAUCAAGAAGUUGCGGAACUUAUGAGAGCAGUGAGACGUUGCAAUGCAACCGGUGCGUUCUCCUGGAUCGGCAGCGACGGAUGGAGUGCCAGAGGGUUAGUCAGCAAUGGUAACGAACCGGAAGUCGAGGGUACUUUAUCGGUUCAGCCCCAAGCCAAUCCUAUCAAGGGCUUCAAAGAGUACUUCUUGAAUCUGACCGUCGAGAACAACCGAAGGAACCCGUGGUUUGUUGAAUUUUGGGAGGAUCACUUCCAGUGUCGAUAUCCAAACGCAUCUCUAACUCCGUACAACAAACGAUACACGAAACCAUGUACAACGAAAGAGCGCUUGACUAUACAGAACACUGCAGUCGAAGACCAACUGCAGUUCGUCUCCGAUGCAGUUAUGGCGUUUGCCUAUGCUUUUCGAGAUAUCCACAAACGCCUUUGUCGCGAGCAUCCGAAGAAUUGUGGUCAUAUGAACCCGACCAACGGCACGGAGCUUCUACAAUAUCUCAGAGAGGUAGAGUUCGAAGGUCUGAGCGGUGAUAAAUUCAAAUUCGACAAAAACGGAGACGGGCCGGCCAGAUACAACAUCAUCCAUUUCAAGCAAACCGAGCCCGGCAAGUACAAGUGGGUCCGCGUUGGUAAAUACCUCGAGGGUGAACUAAGGCUGAACAUGUCCGAAAUCCAAUUUAAACUCGGACAUCCUCAGCCCCCCGACAGCGUGUGCGCUCUGCCCUGCGAAGUCGGCCAGGCAAAGAAGUACGUGGAGGGUGAGAGAUGCUGUUGGCACUGCUUCAACUGCACCCAAUAUCAGAUACGACAUCCGAAGGAUGAGACGCAAUGUAUUCAAUGUCGUCAAGGUACCGUGCCAGACGAGACGCAUUCUACUUGUCGUGACAUCCCACAGGAAUUCCUGCGGCCCGAAAGCGGUUGGGCAAUCGGAGCAAUGUCCUUUUCUACCACGGGGAUGCUGAUAACGUCCUUCGUGUGCGGAGUGUUCCUGAAGCACAACGACACACCGGUGGUCCGUGCAUCGGGUCGCGAGCUGUCCUACGUUCUGCUAUCGGGGAUCCUGCUCUGUUAUCUCGUUACGUUCGCUCUGGUGAUGAAGCCCACGGACAUCGUUUGCGGUAUCCAAAGAUUCGCCGCGGGUUUCUGCUUCACCGUUGUCUACGCAGCCCUAUUAACGAAGACAAAUCGAAUAUCAAGGAUCUUCAACGCGAGCAAACACAGCGCAAAGAGGCCGUCAUUCAUAUCCCCGCGGUCCCAGCUGAUCAUUUGCUCGGGUCUAGUGUCUGUGCAAAUCUUAAUUAAUGGAGUUUGGAUGAUAAUUGAUCCGGCAAAGGCGAUGCAUCACUACCCGACCAGGGAAGACAAUUUACUUGUUUGCAACAGUUACGUCGACGCCAGUUACAUGAUAGCGUUCGCCUAUCCUAUCAUGCUGAUCGUUGUUUGCACCGUUUACGCGGUCCUCACGAGGAAGAUCCCCGAAGCCUUCAACGAAAGCAAACACAUCGGUUUCACUAUGUACACCACGUGCGUGAUAUGGUUAGCCUUCGUGCCAUUAUAUUUUGGUACCGGGAACAACGUCGCCCUAAGAAUCACCUCGAUGUCGGUGACCAUAAGUCUCUCCGCGUCCGUGACCAUAGCUUGCCUCUUUAGCCCCAAGCUGUACAUCAUUCUGAUUCGACCCGAGAGGAACGUUCGUCAGAGCAUGAUGCCAGCUAGAUACAACACAACGAAAAGCUCUGCGGUGACGCCGACAAACGCCUCGAGCAUGAUCGCACCUGUAACGCUCACUGCGGCCACGUGCGAUCAAAAUAAAACUGUCAAGAAACACAUCAUCAACACCAUCGACUGCUCCACGCAAAGCGAAUAUUACGAGUUGGAAGUGAAGGAUCAGAAAAAUGGCAAACCACCCGCCACGGUUGUUUCGCGUUCGACUCAGACCUGCACUAACAACGACAAGGAUUCGAGUGCUGUGGUGGCUGGCAAAGACUCGAAGGAGAACAGUACGACAACGACGAAGGAAAACACCACAAUGAAACAAAUAAAUAACAACGCUAGGAUAGGGAACGGACCAGUCAAUCAAACGGACGUCACCUUGUAGCAGAAAGCUUCCAUAGAUUCCGCCAUGUUGUCCGCGAAUUUGAAACCAAUCUCGAAGAAACCCGUAGUGGUUUGAAGGGAACCUAAGAGAAUUACCUUUGGAUAUUUUGUAAAUACGACUAAACGCGAAUCGCGAGGCGUCGAUUAAAAAGAAACUGUGCGCUAAUUGUCCUCAAAGCUGCGGACGAUGUCGAACCUCAACACGUGUGACGAUAGUUGUGUAAAAUCACACGAUCUUGCGGCGCCUGUUUCACACGUUUGGAGGAAUUUGUUUCGUGUAUGCGCGCUGGGACGAUAAUAAAUUCUAAUUACGAAACCGAGGCUAUAAAUUUAAUUAUCGGAAAUUCUAUGCAAAGAAUGUUUAUCGGAGGAAUUUUAAUAAGUAAUAAACUGGGAGUACACCUAAGCCUCGAGUUACACGGAAUUUUUCACACGAUUUGCAAACUGUGCAUUUCGAAAAUUCAUACUGCGAAUUUAUCGUGCAAUUUAUGCUGCUUUUAGUUCCGUUUAUUUGUUAACAUUGACACUGAACCUAAAAAAAUUAACUUCCCCUUAUUUGUACACAAGAAACAUUCACGUUAAGGCAAAAUUAACCCUUUGCGCUCGGGUGGCGCCUCUGGGGCGACAUAUGUAAUUUAAAAGUGAUUUUGUGAACAUACAAUUUCAAAUUCACUUACAUCAGAAUACAACUAAUUAUUAAUUGAAAUAAUAAUACAUUGAGUCAUGAACGUUCGUAGAUAUUUUUCUUCGAAGUAGAGUUUUUGGUUUCACAGAAAUUUAUUAUAAAAAUGGACUGGAUUUGAUUCUAUAGAAAAAUGCCUCGAGCCCAAAGGGUUAAUAUUGUAAUAAUAUAAUAUUGUAAUUAUAUCAUAAAUAGACUGAUAUUUUGUCUCGUAUUUGUAUCUUAUUUUACUUUGCGUUGAAAUAACCUAUAUUUAGACGGUUUUUCAUAUAAAAAAACUAUGAUCUUCCAUGUAAAUCGGGGGGUUGGUGUGCUGUAUGCGAAAUACACGACACCGGAACGGCGCUAAUAAAACAAUUGCACUGUACGCCAAGCUGACACGCAUAAUCAUCGAUCGUAAUUAAUCGUUAAGUCGCGUUUUAAAAAUUGCUCUGGUUUCCUCUGUGAUCAUAGCAUAAUGCAUGAACUGCGUGAAUCUCUUUUGUACAUACACCGAAUCAUUCUCAUUGUGCACAUUAACGCAAAAAUGUCAUUCAUAGUUAACCGAAUUGAUUGUAAAUAUCGACGACAGUCGAACUCGUAGUUCUUGUAAAAAAGAAAAAAAAAAUGAAAACUUGGAACUAUCGUAGCCGGAUCGUUGCCAAAUAUAAAUAAUUGCGAUCUUCUACCGAUGAAUGUAAUUUUUGUAAAAAAAAAAGAAACAGAGAAAAGAAAAAGAAAGCAGAAGGAACAUACAGCAAAAAAAAAAUCAUCCGUCGGAUCUUCUGUACAGAAAACUUCUGUCUGUAAAUAUUACUCGAUGCGCGAGACGUAAUUAAGUAAGACUACUUAAUGAAUUGAAGUAAUUUCAAAACGAAAGUUAAACAUUUGAAAUGACGACUCGAGGCUCCUCGAGUCGCGACUAUACGAAACGUAGACACUUAGGGAAUCUUUUUUCUUCUUUUUCGAAUCCUCUCUGCAGACUAUAGGAAUUGCUACACGUAGAAUUAAAGAUCGCGACGAUCGCGUGCUGGAAUCUUUUCUCCUAAGAUCUAGUCGCUCUAAUUUUAACUGUAACGUUUAACGCUUGGUAUUUCCGUGAGAAAGGCGAAACGAACGAGGACGAGAAAUUAUUCUGUAGGUUUCGAUGACGAUUGUUGAGAAUUAUUGCAAACCUUUGUCACGGUGCCACGAUCAGUGGUACGAAUCUGCGAUAAACAUAUCCCACUCUAACCACGUGCGUAGGAGUUGUUUUUCCGAUAGUGAUAGUUGCGCAGAAAUAAGUCAUACGAUUAUUACUUGGGAUAAUUACGUUUAUACACGUGUAUGGAUGGACUUGACAAAACUUUUUGGAUUUUUAUAGGACCGAGGAAGAGGCUUUUCGCCAGACUUUGGGUACGAAUGAGCCCGCGUAUCCAUCGUUUGGCCUGAUAGACGUCCUGUGUUUCCUCAAACUUUCGUAUUAGAACCGACGCGAAGUCCUGUUUCAACCUUGGAAAAUAAUUCAACGCUAACGCAAGCGAUAGUUGGCCGUGUAUAACAAAAACAAGCAUGUUUGACUGAUAGUUGACGUUAGCUGAGGUUUUAGGCUGUAAGCUGUGUGUUCGACUUGCUUCAGAAUUGCAGGUAGCUUCUUCAGGAAUCGAAUGACACUCUGACUCUGGUACUCUGUCUUUGGUUACCUUCGAUUGUACAAUUGGUACAAAGAGAAUGGACGUCAGGUGUUUUGUAGUAAUAUGUGGAUCUUGUUAACCCUUUGCACACGAGGCCUUUAUUUUGGUAUCUACCAGCAACUCGAGAUGUUUCUUAACACUUUAUUUACCGGGAGCCUAUUUAUAGGCUUUUUAAAUGCAGUAUUUAGUUAUUCGAAUUUAUUUACUGUGUUGAUGCUUGUCUACUUACAAUGUUCAGUGUUUAGUAACAGACUUGGCUUUCAAUGUAUCUAGUAACAGUAUGGAGGAAUUAUUGUCAGCCUAGAAUGGGAUAUGCUACUGUAGAAAAUUCUUUUGUGAAUUAAAGUCUGCUUUUAAAUAGCCCGGUAGAUAAAGUGUUAACAUUCUACUGCUACGAUUUCUAAGCUAUCGAGAUUUUAGAACAAGGUCAACUUUACCUCACCGACAAUCAUUUUAUUGAUACGUCGAGCUCCGAAGAAAUUGAACCUAUAAACUUUGGGUAUAGUAGAUUUGCUCCAUGAAACCUAAUGCUGACUGAGAGUCACCUCUCGAGUGCAGAGGUUCAUUUUUCGAGUGAAUCUUUUCCAAACAAUUACAACAACUUGCCACCUUCAAAUGGCCCAAGCUACACGAUACAAAUAUCAGUGCGCCGUUUUAUCCUCGAAGAAGCUAGCUAAUAAAUAGACUGCGGAUCUUUAUGCAUUUAUAGGAAAUUUGAAUGUACAAGAACCUACAAAAUGCAAACAAUAUGCAAGAAUAUGAAAAAGAUUGAAAGUAAAGUUCACGUUAUAAUAUUUGCAGAAUAAAAUAAAUUCCUAUUUAGGUUCAAUUUUUGUAGACACGUUCGCGAAUAUUUUAUUUUGCAUAAAGAUCCGCAGUCUACUAAUAAAACAUCAGAGAAUCCUACCCAAAGGACACGGUUUACGCUCGGAAGCCUCAGUUAGUACCAGCCAUGAAGAACCAGGCCCUGUACGCUUAAAGUAUCUUACAUUUGACUGUUUUUUCGAAUGGUGCGUUUGAAUCGUGGCGUGUACAUACAUAUUGAACGUGCAACUGUACACAACAUAUAGGUGCACGUGUAUCGCGAGACUUGAAACGAAAAUGUUAGUUCAUACGGAAUCAAUUUAGUCGUAACGUUCGAUAAGAAUAAAGAAAAAAAAAAGUGUACGGAGGUGCAAACAGCGUAGCGAUAAACUAUCGAAAAAUGCAAUGCAAUGACAAUGUCAAGAACACUAAUUACGAUCAAACUGUUAUGGUCUACAAGCAUAUUUUAAAUACGUACGAAUGGUAAGGUAGAAACACGAGUUUAAGUGGUAUUACGAUGUAUCCGUUACAGUGAACAAAAAAAGAGAAAAAAAAGGAAAAAUAAAAGCAAUUAUUGAAUUA